GCCGUUAAGGUGAAGUAAGAAGAGCUCUCAGGCUUUGUUCCGGUGAGCAGCGUGUGCGCAGUUUGGUUGCAGAAAUCCGAAGUUAUUAACGUGUGUUGUAUCCUUCGACAUGGUGAAGUUAUCUGCGGAGCUGAUUGAGCAGGCCGCUCAGUACACCAACCCUGUGAGAGACAGAGAGCUGGAUUUACGAGGUUAUAAAAUCCCAGUGCUCGAAAAUCUCGGAGCAACUCUGGACCAGUUUGACACUAUUGACUUCUCUGAUAAUGAAGUCAGAAAACUGGAUGGUUUCCCUCUGCUCAAAAGACUGAAAACACUGCUAAUGAACAACAACAGGAUUUGUCGUGUAGGUGAGAAUCUGGAGCAAUCGCUGCCGAGUCUGUCUGAACUGGUUCUCACAAAUAACAACAUUCAGGAGCUGGGUGACUUGGACCCUCUAGCCUCAGUGAAGACAUUGUCCCUCCUCAGCCUGUUAAGGAAUCCAGUGACCAACAAGAAGCAUUACAGGCUCUAUGUCAUCAGCAAAAUCCCCCAGAUCCGUGUGCUUGACUUCCAGAAGGUAAAGCUUAAGGAGCGCCAGGAGGCGGAGAAAAUGUUCAAAGGCAAACGAGGUGCUCAGCUUGCAAAGGAUAUUGCCAAGCGAACGAAAACAUUCACUCCUGGAGUGGCUGCGCAACUUGAGAAGAAGAAGACGGGGCCGUCUCAAGCAGAUGUGGAAGCUGUCAAGAACGCCAUCGCCAAUGCUUCAUCAUUGGCUGAGGUGGAGAGGUUGAAAGGGAUGCUUCAGGCGGGACAGAUCCCAGGCCGAGAUCUAAGACAAGGUCCAGGUGAAAUGGUGGAGGAAGAGGAGGAGGAGGAAGAAGAGGAAGACACUGAACAGAUGGAAACACACAUGGGUGGAGAUGCUGGAGAGCAGAUGAAUGAGAGAAAUCCAGAGGAUGAUGAAGAUAUGGUUCAAGAGCCACAUGUUAAUGGUUCCUGAAAACCCUGAAAGCAUUUUUCGUUUUUUAUGUUGUGAAUUUCUUGUGUUGAACGUACAUUUACCAGGGCUGGUUUUUUAUUUUGUAAAAUGACCAUUAAACAAAUUUUGAAUAUUUGAA